CAAACAUUCACUGCGCACCUGUAAUAAUAAACGUAAUAGUCGACUGCCGAACAAUUCGAUAGAUUUCGCGCUGCGAUGAUGCCAUCGAUACAUUGCACUUUGCUCAACUCUUGUAAAUGUAAAUAUUUCGAAAUGAAAAGUAAACGUGCUUAUAUAUUAAUUAAUUGAGUGGUGUACAGACAAAAAGUUGACGUCAGUUUAACGCUUGCAGCAACAAUUCCCAAGCAUUUCUGCAGUCAACACAGACCAGGGCUGUGGCUCUGGCCCUGGCACCAUGAAGAAACGAUUAUUGUUAACAGCAGAAGUUGCAGCGAGUCAACAAACUGAUGCGAAUUCGAAUGACAGUCGGGAGUUGGAGUCGGCAGAGGAGGGCACAAUGAUGCACAUUGUUCCUUCGGCCAUUGACAAGCUGCGCCGUUUUUGCUACCUUGGUGCAAUUGAGGAGCCUGUUUAUGCACCUAAAGCUUUUGACCUGACUUUGGAAGGCCACUUUGUGGCAUUGCGAGAGCUGUGCGGAGCAGUUAAUGAGACGGAGCUGAUUGAAUGCCUAAGAGCUCUGCUGGAUGCAUCCAAUGAUCAGUAUUUGCCCCGCCACGAUGAGACGCUACUUGUCCUGGCCGUUUACCUUUCUUCGCACACUGAUGAAAAGCAGCGCACACUGGUGCGCGGGUAUUUCGUUGAACUUGUGCGCACUGCCAAGGACUUGUUCUUGUUCGUGAAUUUCGUGAGCCAAGUGCAAAAGUUGCUGGGCCGCAAAACGCCCUUCAGUCGCACCGCGCGCAAAGCUAUCCUGGAGUGGUACCAAAAACAGCCGCUUGACAAGCUGCUGCACAUGUGGUCAUUGAAUGAUUGCAACUGGGCCCAGCAUCGUUUACUACUACAGCGAUGCCACUACACCAGUGCUAAGAUCGAUGCUGAAACGAUGGCGGCGUUGCGUGUGCUGACUACGCACGUCAAGGAGCUAGUUAACUGGCCCGACUAUCUUGAGCCAGUUGUGCAAUGCAAAGAAACCAUUGUGGGCAUUGCAAAUCUGCGCCUCAGCCAAAGCGUAGACGUGGCCCUGCCCCUUAUAAAGAAACUUUCGCUUAGCUAUGAGCACUUGCCGCGUCACCUUGUUUCUGAUGUAAAAGUUGUCAACCUACUGCUGAGCAAAAUGAGCUACGAUCAGAUGCUGCAGAGCUGGCCAUCGUUUCUCAAACUCAACAAGUCGAACCGCAGCGCCCAGCUGUGCUACUCUCAGCGCUUCUUCGAUCCAUCAGAAUUGCGUGCAGCUAACAUAGCGCCGAUACGGCUGCUGUUGCUGGAAACUCGCGGAGCCAAGCACCGUAAAGUGAUUUCGAAGGGAGUUGUGUCACCAAAGCCGUCCAGCCUUCUUCAGAAGUUGUACAAACAAUCUUUUGGCUUCAAUAGGCCACUCGGCUUGCGACUGCAUAUAACAAUUAAUCUGGAGAUGUGUUACUUGGGCAAAUGCCUCACUGGACGUUGUCAGUCGAUCAAGUAUAUCGAUGCAGUACUUGCUUUUGCCUUUGGCUACUUCAAAUGUGACCCUAAAGUAAGCGUUCGAAUUUGGUACGACAAGAGUGGCAAACUAAAAGGGCUACCAUGGACGCCAGAGAUGUCGGUUGACGACGCAAAAGCUACUUGUGAGGGACAAAAAAUAAUGAAAAUCAAGCAGACUUUAACAGACGUUGUCGACAAUGCGCUGCAGGAUACAGAGCAGACGUAUGAUGUUUUCUUGGUGCUGGUGCCGUGUGGAACGCGUGGAAAUCAAAGGAAUAAGUCCGAACAACUAUGCAAACGGCUUGACGAAUAUCGCCAGAAGCGAAAUGACAAUGCCAAAUUGAUUAUAAUGAGUCUGCGUCAGCACCAUGGAUCCAUGAGCUAUUCGAAUGUGCGCAACGAGAACAUAUUGGAGUUGUGCAGCAUUACCGAACAGACGCCACGCUUGAUCAAUGCCUUCGCUCAAGGCAAGUUCUUCUAAGCUGUAAACUACUACAAUUUCUGUGCUACACAACCCAGUGAACGGCAUCCGGUAACCAAAGAAAUCAUUAUCUGCUAUAAACUCAAAUCGCUGCGGCAGCAAGCAAACAGGAUAUCAUCCUGUCACUGGAAAAAGUCCACCGUAUAAUGAGCAUAUACUUGCAUGUUACUGCAAACUAUUUUGUGCUCUCUAUACUUCCAUCUCUUUCAAUUUGCAUCUCUCUAACACACAAGUACACAUCAGACACACGCACACGCAGCAAGAGACAGCUAGACACAGCAUUCAUUGUUUCAUGUGCGCAUCUUUUCACGUACAUCUUUGAUGCUUAUUAAUUAUAUAAAUAUUUACAUGCAUACCUUAAAUAGCUCUUAAGCUACACACACACAUAUACAGGCACAUACACACUCCCACACACACAUAUACACUUAUACGUACAUAAGUAUAUAAAGAGUAUAUACUUUCACUCUAUACAACGCUGAUUUUUGGAACGAUUUGUACCACAUUGUUGUACACACUUGCAUUAAAUUGGUAAUUAGGCGUAGUUAAAGAAUUUAAUUGAUAAUUUAAUUUCGAAAACGAAUGAACUGAAUCUAAAUUUAAUUUGGAUUAAAAAUACAAUACAAGUGAAUCUGAGCAAAGCGAGAAAAAAACACAAACAAAUUGCCUUACAAACAAAAUGUUAGUCAAUCUUUAAUUUUAACUAAACAUACAUAUUAAAUACAAGGAAUUUCUUCGUAAAAGUACUGAAACAAUAUAAAAACAAAUACAAAAACGAAA